CGCAGCGUGUUCCCUAUCCGCUCGUUUAGGUUUGUUGACCAUGUUACCAUCUACUUAGACAAACACUAAUCGAGGAGGUGCGCAGCCCUAUACUCAAUUGAUCUGCUUGCUCUCCCUGUAAGCCUGCGGCGAAGACAUUUUUGAGCAGGGAACCGCGCUAGUUAUCUGAUUUGAUUAACAAAAAGGCUUACUGCGGAAUGUGGCUGUGAAUACCCAAGAAUGGAUUACUCGGCUCUUUUGGAGCUCUUGCAAAACUUGAACGCUGCGGCGUCUGUGGACAGUGAUGAAGUCUUACUUUACCUCCAGCAAUACAAGGAGGGCUUCCUCAAGCUUUUGGACUAUAAGGGCCCAACAGCGGAGUCGCGGCGGCAGGUGCAGCAGCGCAGGGUCACAACCAAGUACGGAGUGCAGGAGCUUGACCCGGUGCCUGACGUCCAGCAUGCUCUGCUGCUGAGCGACGAGUUGCGGCUGGAUGAGGUGCUGUGCGUCGAGUACCUCACCACGGCGCUGGAGGAGCGCGGUGUGUUUGGUGCCGAGUACGCAGCCGGGCUGUACCUGGAGGAGCGGCAGGUGGCGCUGCGGGCGCUGUCGCGGCUGCUGGCGGAGGACGCGAGGAGCCAGCAGGGGGCGGCGCAGGGGCAGCGAACGCCGCAUGCGCAGGCCAUCGCCUCGUACGUGAGCGAGCUGCUUGGGGAGAGGGACGCGGGGGGCAGGCAGGUGCUGCUGGCGCGACUGGUGGCCAUACUGAGGG